GGGCUCAGAGGCGGGCGCCUCUUAGUAGUCGCUGUGGCCGCAGCUGCCAGGCCUGGGGACGCGGGCGGCCGGGGCCGCGGGCGCAGCCUCCUCGUCUCCCCGGCCAUGGCCGCGCUCGGCCGGCCCUUCAGCGGCCUCCCCCUGAGUGGCGGCCCCGACUUCCUGCAGCCGCCGCCGGCCUUCCCCGGCCGGGCCUUCCAGCCGGGAGCAGACGGCGCCGAGCUGGCUCCGCGGCCGGGACUCCGCGCCGCCCCGAGCAGCCCCGGCGGGAGCGCGGCGCGCGGACGUGUUUCAGUUCGCUGUAAAAAGAAACACAAGCGAGAGGAGGAAGAUGAUGAUUGUCCAGUAAGAAAGAAAAGGCUAACUGAAGCAGGGCUCUGUGCUGGUCCUAAUGACUGGAUUCUUUGUGCACAUCAGGAUAUAGAGAGUCAUGGAGUAAAUCCGUGCACUAGUGGCCUCUCUGCACCUGGCAUGUUAGAUGUUACAUGUGAAGAGAUGGAUCAGACAACGGGAGAACCACAGUGUGAAGUUGCACGAAGGAGGCUUCAAGAAAUCGAGGACAGGAUAAUUGAUGAGGAUGAAGAAGUGGAAGCUGACAGAAAUAUUAACCAUCUCCCCAGUCUUGUUCUUUCUGACACCAUGAAAACAGGUUUGAAGAGGGAGUUUGAUGAAGUCUUUACAAAGAAAAUGAUUGAGUCCAUGAGCCGUCCUUCCAUGGAGCUUGUGCUCUGGAAACCUCUCCCUGAACUCCUUUCUGAUAAGCCAAAGCCGACAUCUAAUGCUAAGAACUAUACAGGAGAGAGCCAAACUAAGCAUGCAGCUGCUGGCCCUGCCUUCCCUGGGAGAACUGAACUGUUCUUGGAACCUCGGCAAACAGGGAUGCCUGUUUACAAUAGUUUGGAGACAGCUGCUUGCACAGAAGAAGAGAUGGAACUCUAGAAACCAGUUUCUAUGCUAAAGUUGUCAAAUUUUAGAAGGCUCAUGUAUUUAGUCGUGAGCCUACUUGUAUUUGUAUAGUAUAGGGACUUGAAAGUUUUAUGAAACGGGUGUAUUAAUAUCUCCACCUGUGAUUUGGGGUGGGACUCUCAUUUUGGGUAGCCAUUUCGUGAAUCCAACUUUUUUGCUACGGAAGCUUGUCUCAAGGGAAAAGAGUUUUCCACAGGGCUUAUUAAGGGAAUGGAAGAUGCAGUCUGCAAAGGCAAGUAUAGAAGCUGUGUGUCGAAGGGUGACUUAAAUCAUCUGUCACAUUGUCUAAACCGUUCAGAUAGUUGGCAAAUAUUCAGACACUUGAAUUUGAAACAAUGCAUUAAGAAAGAAGGAUGCUCCUACUAUGUACCCUGACAGCCGAGUCACAACUACGUCUAUAGAUCGGAGCUUGUUUAUAGUGGUGACUCUAAAAUUGGGAAGAGGAAGGAGGAAAGUAGCUUAGCCUAUUGCCAAGAGAUUUAACAGAGGCUCUGAAACUUGUCUAUUGUCAAUUCUGUGUAGCUACGUUGAUUAAAUAGCUGGUAGCAUUGUGGCUCAUUAGUAGCCUCUGAAAAUGGCAAUGAAAAUACAAAAAAGGUUUUUCCUUCAAGGCUUUUUUGCCUUGUGCUACAGUUGCUCCUUGGUUUCCCUUGCAUAAUUGAUAAGCCCGGUUAUUCAGGAAUGUUUACAACUUAAUUAACUUUGAGUGAUCGUUAAAAAGUGAUCGUGAGGUAACCUUAUGUUCAAAUUGGCUAUGGGAGAAGCCUCCCUUAAGUAAUCCCAAGGAACUGCCAUGUCAGCGAAGCCCAGCAUCGAUAGGUAUUUUUAAAAAGGUUGUACCUAUAUUAGCAAGUUGAGUAUUUUUAGUGUUAAUGUAGAAAACAAUGACAAUAAUUAACUGAAAUGGGUAAGUGACAUUGAGAGUUACUGAACCAGCCACCUUGCCUGGUACUUCAGCUGUUGUGCAGUAAACCUAGAGAAUGGCUUCCUGCUAGCGGGAUAUCUUCAUCUUGAGGAACUAAACCAGGCUCAAGGUGCCCUUUGGGGAUAACCAGGAUUGAAGUUCUUUAUUUCUCAGGAAGGGCUCUUCUGUGUGGCAAGGACUCAGUAGUGCCAAGUAAAAUAACACUUCUUUAGUGCUAUGGAAAUAGCCACUAUAACUUAUUAAAUGAGUGUAAUAGUGUAAUACUUGCCCUUACAUCACACAACAGGAGACCACCCCAGUUCUUUUUGUUUUGUUUUCUGGGGUUUUUUCCCCCUCUGUAGGACUCAGAUACCUUGUGUAGGAAAAAGAACGGCUUAUGCCAAGUAGAGGUGACUUUUUAGAAACAAGCUCCCAGACGUUUUCGAAACCCAUGCUGAAAUCCCUCCCCUUGUUACAGAUGGCGUAGAAGUAACAAGUCUGUUAAUUGGACUGUUUCUUCCCUUGCCUGUUCCUGCUUUCUCUGUUUCUGUCUGGACAGUCAGGAAAAUAUUUAAUGUUUAAUAUUUAAACAAUAUUUAAUGUCUACACAAUAAAACUAUUCAAACUUCAAACCAGUAUUAAAACCAGUUGGAAACCA